UACAAAUUUCAAAUUACAAAUUUCAAACUACAAAUAGCGAAACUAAUUGCUAACACUAAAGUUUUUCAAAAAAAAAUUGAAUACUAAUAAUAUAAUUAAAUAAUAAUGUGUUCAACAAACGAUAAAUUAGUGUUAAACAGUAUUUUUAAUCCAUUGAUGCCCACAACCGAUGACAACGAUACGGCCAGUGAUGACAUUACUAGACAAUUGACAGCUGAGGAACAGUUAGCUAAAGAAUUGGAAACAGAGGCCGUAAAUGCUGCUAACGGUUCCCAAUAUGACAGAUCACUGGAACUGUUGACAAGAGCUAUCUAUACGGCACCCAAUAGAGCAUCAUGUUAUAACAACAGAGCACAGGUUUAUCGAGUGAUAGGAAACACUGAAUUGGCACUGCAAGACUUGAAUGAAGCCAUACGACUGAGCUCUGGUACAGGACUAGUGGCCCGACAGGCCUACUGUCAGAGAGGACUCAUUCAUUUGUUACAUAAAAGAGAAGCCGAAGGCAUUGAGGACAUGAAAUUGUCGGCUAAUUUGGGUAACGAUUUUGCCAAAGCACUGGUAGUCCAAUUGAAUCCGUACGCUGCACUAUGCAAUAAGAUGCUCAGGGAUAUGAUCAACAAAUGUAUCAUUGGUGGUGAAACAGGCGAUCAAUAAUUUGAAAUAUUUCCUAAAAAAAUAUA